AUGUAUGCUAAAUGGCGUAGGACUAGUUAACAAAAAUAUCCAGAUCUUUCUUAACAUUAUAAAAACUAAAUUAUAACAAGAAGACGUUCAUGUUAUUGUGAUAAUUGUGGUAAACUAAGUUAAUUUUAACAAAUUCAUUAAAAUAACGGAUGGGUGCCAUUGUAAAUUUAAAUUGAUGAAUCUAAAAAAGAAAUAGAAUAAUAGAAAACAUAGAGUGAUGAAAAAUAACAAAUCAGUAAAAAUUCAAGAACUAUGUCUACAUCAAUUAGUCAAGCACCUUCAUUUUAUAAAAUUUAAGAAUAAAAGCCUAGACGUAAUAGUUGUAAUUGUUAAGAAUGUGGGUCAAUGUCAUAAUUUCAAAUUCAACAUAAAGAUGUCCCAUUUAAAAAAUAGAAAAAAUCUAGAAAACUUUUUGUAAUAAAAAGGAAAAAUUUAACACAUAGUAGAACAAUUUAAUUAGAAUAAAUGUAAAGUAGAAGUAGGAUUGAUCCAAAAUAAUUGAUUUAAUAAAAAAAUUAAAUGAUGAGUUUAAGACAUAUAGAUAUUUAACAUAGAAGACUUAGAACUGAAUGCAUGAGUUUAAGUUAGAUUGUUCUUCCUGCAAUCAAAGACUUCUCAUGCAGAUAGAUUAAAAAGUAAUUGUGA